CCGACUGAGCUACUCAGGUGCCCCUCCUCCUAGUUUAGUAUUCUCUUCAGAAAUAUUUUUUUCUUUUAUUGCUAAUUCUUCCCCAAGUUCUAUUACUUCAUUUCUGAGUUCUUCUUUCUCUGAUUUAUUUUGCUCUUUUGUUUCUUAUAUCAUUUUAACAUCUUUAGUUUUGACGUGAUUUUUUUUUUUUUUUGCACUGAUAUUGUGCAAGUUUUGCAUUUGUGGUUUGACAUCAUCCUCUUGUAUUUUGGGGUUGGUGUUACCUGUCAAUUAGUUUUGCUGUAAAUGUUUCAUACAUUUUUUGUUUUACUAACUAGUCUGUUUCUUUGUGAGGAGUUCCAGAGAUUCAGAAGUCACGUACUGCCGUAUUUCCAGGAUCCAUUUACAUUUUGAGUCAUGAAUACUUCUCUUUCUAUAUUCCUGAGGCUUCACUCCUUAGCUGGGUGUGACGGUAAAGGGCUAGGGUUAAUCAGCACGCUGCUUGGAGUGGCAGUGGCGUGUCACAUCACGUCUUCAUUUUUGAGUGAUUACUUGCUUGUAACUUUCUAGGUUGUCAGUAGCUUCUCUGCAGUACUGAAUAUAUUCUGUUCUCCUCAGCAUUGAUUUUUACUUGUGAAAACUUGGCUUCCAGUCUCAAUGUUGUUUCUUUGUCAGUAGUUUAAGUUUUGAUUGCUAUUAAGAUUGCUAAAAUGUUCUCUUUGCUUAACUUCAUCAUGAUGUGUAUGUUAUUUUCUCAAGACUGGGUUUUUUUUCAAUCUAAAGAGUAAUAAUCUGUCUUCAAUUCUAGAAAAUUUGGGGGCCAUUAUUUUAAUUUUGCCUCUGUUCUCUCUCGUGGGCUGCCUAUUAGAUGUCCGGUUGAACGUUUUCACUUUAUGUAGAACCUCUGAAUUUGUUAAUUUGCAUAGGCAAAAAAAAAAAAAAAGUUCAAGCCAGUUAGAAUUCAGGCUUUUUUAAGUCACUGAAACAGAAACACUCUUACUUUCCUCAAAAGGCAAGUGAGAAAAGAAACUGAAAAAGAGGUGACUCCGGAAGUAAUUACCUUGAAACCUAAACUACUCCUGAACUUUUAGGGCAUAUGUCUUUUGUCACUCCCUCGAGUACAAAUGGCCAGCGACAAAUUCACUGGAAUGAAUGCAGGCGGAAAUAAGCAACAAGCCCAGGGCCUGGAGACCCAAACUGUCGCGGUUCGGUAAUAGGGAGCUGGGACUGCUCUUGGAAAUCUCUUCCUCCACCAGCAGUGUCUCCAGGGACAGCCUGAGUCCACUUCCCAGGGGAUGAUGUGGGGAAGCCACAGGCCUUAGGUUUCGUGAAGAACGUGAAAGGUGGCGGGGGAGCGGGCAGCGCGAGCCCCACAACCGGCGAACCAAGGGCCCCCGGCGUCCGAGUCCCCCGACGUCCACCGCCCCCGCCAGGAGCACGCAGCCCCUCUUCCGCUCCGCCCCCCCUCCGCCUGCCCCGCCCCGCGGCCGGCGACGCUGGGGAGAGGCGGGGUUUCCGCUUCCGGUGGCGAAUUGUUGACGCCUGCGGCUGCUGCGGUGGCGACCGGGCCGUUGGGGAGGGGCUAGUGGGGGAGGGAGACGGCGCAGUGACAGGACCGCCGAGGGUGCUGCUGAGGCGACGAUGGCAGAGGGGCCGGAGGAAGCCCGAGGCCGCCCUCCCGGGCAGGACGACGGCGGAGGGGACCCCGAGCCCGUCCCUUCCCUGAGAGGCCCUCCUGCCGCCGCCGCCCCACGCCCCCGGGACGGGCCGCAGGCCGAACCCCAGGCCCCGGGCCGGCCCCCAGCCCCGGGCCUCGCGCUAGCUGCGGCCGCCGCCGAGGAGUCGGAGCCGCCGCGCGAGCCCGGGAAGUGCGGGGAGGCGGCCCCCGGCUCCAGUGCGGGGCCGCAGGAGCCGGCAGGCCGCGAGGCGCCCGAGGCCGGCGCGCCGCGAGAGAGGCCGGCGCGGCUGAGCGCCCGCGAGUACUCCCGGCAGGUGCACGAGUGGCUGUGGCAGUCCUACUGCGGCUACCUCACCUGGCACAGCGGCCUGGCCGCCUUCCCCGCCUACUGCAGCUCCCAGCCGCCCCCGCCGAGCUACCCCUCGGGCGGAGGCGCCGCCGCCCCCCAGCCCGCGGCGCCGCCGCCCCCCCAGCUGGGCUAUUACAACCCCUUCUACUUCCUGAGCGCCGCGGCCGCGGGGCCCGACCCGGGGGUGGCCACCGGCGUCACCACCGCUGCUCCCGUCGCGGGCCUGGGACCCCGGGCCCCGCAAGGGCAGGGAUCCGUCCGCUCAACCCCAGUGACCAGAGUGGGAUCGGCCGCUCCUUCGCGAACCCCGAGCGAGACCGGGCGGCAAGCAGGCAGAGAGUAUGUUAUUCCAUCCUUGGCCCACAGAUUUAUGGCAGAAAUGGUGGAUUUCUUUAUUCUGUUCUUUAUAAAAGCAACGAUUGUCUUAAGUAUUAUGCACCUCAGUGGAAUAAAGGAUAUCUCUAAGUUUGCUAUGCAUUAUAUAAUAGAAGAAAUAGAUGAAGACACAUCAAUGGAAGACUUGCAGAAAAUGAUGAUUGUGGCUCUUAUAUACAGAUUAUUAGUUUGUUUCUAUGAGAUAAUCUGCAUUUGGGGAGCAGGCGGAGCCACCCCCGGGAAGUUCCUGCUGGGGCUUCGAGUUGUGACGUGUGAUACAUCAGUGCUUAUUGCACCGAGUCGGGUUUUAGUGAUUCCUUCCUCAAAUGUUAGCAUUACAACGUCCACUAUACGAGCUUUGAUCAAGAACUUUUCUAUUGCUUCUUUUUUCCCUGCUUUCAUCACACUGCUGUUUUUUCAGCAUAAUCGAACAGCCUAUGACAUUGUAGCAGGAACCAUUGUGGUAAAGAGAAAUGGGGUCAGAUGAUGCCCCAAAAGAGCCCUGAAUUCCAUACUCUCUGGAAUGAUGACAAGACUAAAUUAUGUAUCAAGGCCAUCAGUAUCCCUGGGUUACACUAAUUGAUGAUUUAGAAAUUAAAGCAGUCGCUCCAGUGUGAUGCAGGUGACUAUUCUGAAAGUAUUGAUAUUACUUGACUGCCAAAGAACUUUUCCAGAAGAAAAAUCUGUUAAAUUUAAAUGUUAAAAAUUUUUAGAUUGAAAAGAAGGCAAGUGAUUUUAUAAUCAACAAUGGACAUUAUAUACUUUCUUAAGAUCUAAGGCAUUAGAAUUUGCUGAAAGCAUUUUCAGCUCUGAAAUCUCCAGAUGAAACUUAAAAAAUUUUGGUUUAUCCCAGAAUGAUGGAAAAGUCCAGUUGUGUUUUGUAAACACAUUAACUCAUAUUUUAGUCAACACUUCUUGGGGCAAUUGUUGUCUUUGCUUUUGGGGAGGGGGGUGGGGACACAAAUUUGAUAACCCGCUUAUCUCCCACUCUGGGAGGAAGUGAGUCAGCUGCAAGAGAGAGGGGCAAAGGAGGCAGGCCUAGGUUCCCUUACUGUCGUUCUCAGAUCUGUACUGCAAUGCACUGUGGGAAUGAUGCCACUUUACAAGUAUCGUUACUGUUCUAACAUGUGUUUGGGGCAAGUUUUGCAUGAUGAUGAAAAAGUAUUAAGUCAUAUUGCUGUAUUACUGAUUUUUUUAAAGAAAAGGUAAGUUAGUGAUUGCUUUUGGUGGGGGGAGGGGGGUCCUAAAUUUUCACCAUAAAUUAAAAUUACAAUUCAUGUGCAAGUGUUUUUAGUGCCCUAAAUCAAACUAUAUGUGGGGGGAAAUUAUUCGUCAAAUUGUUGCAUAUUUACUGUAAAACAACAUUCCCAGUAUGUGUGCAGCAUGAAGAAAGUGUUAGUGCUUUUCAGUGUUCUAAUAGAACUUCUGUUUCUAUAAGGAUAUUUACACACUAGGUAGUUUCCUUUUAUAUUUUAUAUAGUUCUAGGACUUUUGAAACCUCAAGGAGUUAAAUAAUCAUAGUAUUUCAUGGUAAAAUACUAGGUAGCCUAUUAAAUAUUAGCGAUUUUCCCAUUAUGAACUAUUCUAAAACAAGGACAGGUAUUUCCAGACAUUUUUCUAAGUUCUUUGGGCCAAAACCUCACUUUGGGGCUGCCAGGGAUGGUGUCUUGAGGGAAAUGUUAAGUAACAGUUUGUGUAUUGCCAUUUUAAUUUAUUCUUCUACUGAGGCAAAGCUUAGUGUUUUAAGUAUGUGUGCAUGUUUUGUUAGAUGGCCCUGUUAGCUGUGUUGAGAGAAUACCUGAAAAAGUUUUAUUUCUUAGGCGUUUUCUCCAACCCUGAUACUAUUUUCCCAAAAAACACUAACCUCUGUUGGACACUUCAUAAUUAGAUUGCUUAAAAGAUCUUGACUUUUUUUUUUGGUCUUUGAUAGCGAAUGAAAGGUAUAUUAUCACUGUAUCAGUUUUUAAAGUGGGUUUUUCCUUUAAAACUGAAAGUAUUCACAUUUGAUGUCUAUAGAAACCUUAGCAGUGUCCUUAUUAAUACCUUUUUAUCAUAAAAUUUCAUAAGCCAUGUUUUUCAAAAUAAUUUUACAUUAAAUUCAACACCACAGAAAGCCUGUCCGUUAAGUGCGUCCAGGUACUCGACAAAUCAUUCACUUGUUGCCCCUGGGAAGAUAUUUAGCUUGACGGCCCUUCAGGGUGUUACCCAAACGUACCGCUCAGUAGUGUACUACAUUAGCAUUGGUGGAUACACUAUUUUUGCCACGGAUGGGGGAGAUCCAGUUGCAAUGUCCUUCAGCCAUGUAGCUCUGGAGAUCUUUAUAAUUUCCUCUCAGAAAAUUGGAAGGUUCACCGUCUAGGCUAUUUUAAUGUAUACAAACAAAAGCAAGUCACGUCACCCAGUUUAACUUCUUAAAAAAUUGCAUAUUUUCUGUAUCUGAGUUAUUCAGAAUCAUAUCUAUGUAGGUUCAUUUAGGUCCAUCUUAGGGUUCAAGUUACAUAGCCCGAUAAAAUAAAAGUAUUCCUGCUUUGCCUUUACAACACAUUGCAAGGCUGUUUGUAUUUCUGAAUGCACUUAGGAAAAGAUAUUUGAUGCCCAGAUCAUUGGGAAAAAAUGACAAAAAAUGGGGAAGGAGGGAGAGUUCUUUUCUCUUCGGGUUGUGGUGGGGGGGAGGGGGGGUGGGAAGCCUCCCAUCUUUUCAAAAACACUUUUCUAUUUGAUGUAUUUCAUUUAUAGAAAAUUUCUGCAUCAGAGUAUAAUUCUCAUGCCGAAGCUCUAGCCUAAAAAGGCAAAAAGAUAGUUGUUUUCAAAGAAUGUUUACAAACAUUAUUCAUCACUUUUACAAGAUAAGUAAUAAGGGAACAAAAAUCAAAAGUAAGCAGAGUAGAAGAACACUAUUGCAGUGAAAGUGCCCUAAUGAAAAGCACAGAAUAGGCAGUUAACUCAGGCAUCUAGAAAAAUCUCAGUACCUACUAAAAGUAGCUAGAGUGGUAGUGCACCGUAAGAGAAGUCUGACUUGAGUGUUCAUGCGGGCCGAAGUGAGGAAACCCGAGGAUGACAAGCCUCGCUCUUUUUGACUCAUCUGUGACCAUGAAACUAAAGCCAACACUUUUUUGGACAGAAAGCCUUCAAAGUGGGGCGCCUGGGUGGCGCAGUCGGUUAAGCGUCCGACUUCAGCCAGGUCACGAUCUCGCGGUCCGGGAGUUCGAGCCCCGCGUCAGGCUCUGGGCUGACGGCUCAGAGCCUGGAGCCUGGUUCCGAUUCUGUGGCUCCCUCUCUCUCUGCCCCUCCCCCGUUCAUGCUCUCUCUCUGUCCCAAAAAUAAAUAAACGUUGAGAAAGCCUUCAAAGUAUCACCCAGCUGAUACCUGUGUAGCACUGGUUCAGAAGUGACUUAAACAUUUACCUUCCGAUUUUACCCAGAUAUUUAGGAUUUAAAAAAAAAUGGUUGAGGGCCCCUUUGUCUAAAUUAUAAAAUUAAGGCUUUAGUGUCCAUCGUUUCAAAUGACAGGAAAAGUGGUUUUUAGCUGCAUUAAAAGGAUUUAUUCCCUUAUGGGACUUGUUUGGGUGUUUUACUUAUGCAUAAGUGUUUCCAGCAAAGGAAGACAAAAAAGGGAGUUUACUUGCUACUUGGGAGGAGGGCUUUCUGAGAGGAGGGGUAGGACGUUUUCAUUGUACACUUACCCUGUUCAAAGCUGUGGUUCCUUUGGAGGAAUAUGCCAACAGCAGUGUUCGUAAAACCUGACCAGUGUCCUUUCACGUAUUUGCCAUUGCCCGGCCUCCAUCCCAGAGGCCAGAAUCUUUUACAAGUGCUUGCCUGGGUGACGUUCCUCCUCUCCAGCUGUGUGUCUAUUUUCUUGCAGUUCAUUAUAGUAGGACUUGACCCACAAACAGUAUCUGAUGGCCUGCCUAUAAGUAAAAUUCAGCAUUCUAUUUUUAAUAAUUUGUAUGCCACCGAUUUGUAUUCUUUGUCUCAAUAAAUACUUGAUCACCGA